UGAAGAACGCUCAUUCAUUUAUUUGAUCGUUUUAACCUUUUCGUUUUCAGCUCUGCGUUGUUGGACAAAAAUCUUUACAUUUUUGACGCAAAAAUCUAUCACCAAUUCACAGAACAAUGUGCGGAUCGAUUGUGUGGUUAUGUUUACUCAUGUUUGGCAGUGGAUCAUUUGGCAGUAUCCUAGUACCGAGUUCGCUAGACUGGGAAUCUAUGCUGUUUAUUAUCCCGAGCGAUUACAGUUCAGACGUGAGGUCGCACUUGUGCCAUAAAUACAGCACUCGCUUUUGCUUCAUGGGUAAGGUGAUCAAUGCAAUUAAGAGUGAACGAUCGGAAGAGGAUGACGACUAUUUCAACUUCAUUGAGCUAAUCAGCAGAGUAUACAGACACAUCAACUGGUUUUCAAUCUCAUAUGUUUUUGUCAGGGAGGAAGGAACUUGUUGUUUGUCCCAGUUGGGUUCCUACAGAAAAUUUGGCAUGGAACGAGGCUUAUCUCCUGACAGUUACAUGAAUGAAGUUACUGAUUUCUCCAGUAGAAACAAAAAACUUAAUUUUAUAAAGGCCCACUUCAACAGGAACCUUUGCGUCAACCUUAUAUCAGAAGUUGGCUUCGGAACUGGAGAAUUGGUUAUCUUCGGCGAAUAUCACAACGCAUUUUUUUUACUAAAUGAAGGAAACAACAAAAUGUUUCACUUUUUCCCUUAUAACAACAUUAAAGAUCAACUUACUUUUGAGUGGUUUAAAUUAAAUAUAAUGUGCGACGAACAGCCUUGGAUAUGUGUUACACAUCCUCCUCCUGUUGCGGAACAGCUUUUGUAGCGUGUCACAUAGAAACUAGCUAAUAUUUGAAAAUUUAAUCUGGAUCGCUUCAGCAGCAUAGGUGUUGAUCGAAACUCACAAACUUCCACAAGAAUGUAUUUAU